AUGCAUUGGGCUGCUUGCGGUCUGUACGGCUGUGGAUUGAUACUUUAUCUAGCGACGAGGUACUAUUACGAGAAUGAAUUCAAAAACGCUAAUAUCGAUCGUGAUUUUGACGUUUGUUUUCGCAGAGGCCAGUAUAUUAAAGAAGAAAUCUCUGAUAAGUCCAAUAUCACAAGAUCGCUGUUACACAUGCAAGAUGGAAGACAAACCUCUCGUUUGGCCAAUCAUAUCGUACAUGAACAAGCUGAAAGAUACCGUCCUACGCGGAUUCAACGCACUAUCGGAUAA